GCUAAUAACAAAGGCGACAGUGCAUCGUCACUCCCCCUCCAUCCAUGCAUGGUCACUGCUGCACUCACACCAGCAGUGUCGUCGCAGCAACUAAUUAACCCCGACGUCGUGAUGCCUUCUCCAAGUUUUAAUUUCUUCGGAAAGCGAAAGCGGAGACGGGCCGGCCGGGGGAGCAUACACCAUGCAUGAGCAAUCGAGCAUCAUCAUCCGCCACCGCCACCGCCACCGCCACCGCGGCCGAUCCAUCCCUUUUGCCUCUUUCCCGAUGCGCCGCCCGCCCGGCUUUUAGUUUUAGAGUUUCCCCGACGCUUUGGAGAUCCAUGCAUGGCCGAUCCACACCACACCGCUCUGCUCCUUCUUUAGCCUCGCGAAAGCCACACAUAUAACGGCCCCCCACUUCUGCCUGCUGCUGCACAGGGAGUACAGUGACAGGGCAGCGCCGGCGGCAGCAGCCAUGGCGCGCAGCAAGGACAGAGUGCCGCUCGUCAGUGCCGGCUUCGCGGUGGCGUCGCUGCUGCUCCUGCUCUGCGCCACUCGCUGCGAAGCGAGGGCCAUGGCGGUGAGGCGGCUGCGGAGCACGAGCAGGAGCAGCAGCAGCCCGCUGCUGAACGCGCUGUUCAAGCUCAACUUCAUACGGACGGUGGAGCCACCGCGCCGGCUGCCCACUCCGACCGCCGACGCGGCGGACGCCGCGAGCCUCGCCGCGGGCGACACCACCAACUCGCCGUUCUGCGUCAACCCACCGGACGCGCCUCCGUCCACGUCGUCCACGCCCUUCACGCCUUCGUUCCCGGGCCUGACGCCGCCGCUGCCGCCGAUCACCCCCGUUCCGCCGUCAUUCGAGCCCAGCCCGCCGGAGAACGGUGCCCCGAGUGGAGGCCAGGGACAGGGUGGUGGUCAAGGACAGGGCGGAGGUCAAGGCCAGGGCGGAGGUCAAGGCCAAGGUGGAGGUGGUGGAGAUCAAGGCCAGGGAGGUGGUCAAGGCCAGGGCGGAGGUCAAGGCCAGGGCGGAGGUGGUGGAGAUCAAGGCCAGGGUGGAGGUGGUGGAGAUCAAGGCCAGGGCGGAGGUCAAGGCCAGGGUGGAGGUGGCGGAGAUCAAGGCCAGGGUGGAGGUCAAGGCCAGGGUGGAGGUGGUGGAGAUCAAGGCCAGGGAGGUGGUCAAGGCCAGGGAGGCGGAGGUCAAGGCCAGGAAGGCCCACCGGCAUCCACGACGCCGAACUCGCCGCCGCAGGUCGGUCCGGGCACGCCGUUCGGAUCGGUGCCGCCGAGCCCCAUCGUAGUGGUGCCGAGCCCGCCAGGAUUCGGCCCUGGUCCCGGCUCCGGGUCCGGCUCAGGCGGCGGCGGCUCGGGUUCCGGCGGCGGCGGUAGCGGUGGCGGUGGUGGUGGCGGCGGCGGCGGCCCGUUCCAGCCGCCGAUCGUGUACCCACCUCCGCUGGCGCCGCCGAUGCCGCCGGGCGCCGGGCAGACGCUGUGGUGCGUGGCCAAGCCCACGGUGCCGGACCCCAUCAUCCAGGAGGCCAUGGACUACGCGUGCGGCUCCGGCGCCGAGUGCGACUCCAUCCUGCCCAGCGGCGCGUGCUACCGCCCCAACACCGUGCUCGCGCACGCCUCCUUCGCGUUCAACAGCUACUGGCAGCAGGCCAAGGCGACCGGCGGCACCUGCGACUUCGGCGGCACCGCCACCAUUGUCACCAGAGACCCAAGCUACGAGAAGUGCAAAUUUGACCUUCUGUGAGGAGGGAGGGUACGUAGAUAUGCAGGAGAACAGACUGCAGAUGCGCAAAUUUUUCCCAAGUUCAUUUGGCCUUAUCAUUCCUUUUUGCUUCUACUAGGCUACACCACUGCAGAUUUUGUAACUAGCUCUUCUUCACUAGUAUGGUUUUGAAUUUUGUAAGACCAAUACUGUGCAAAGGUGAAACUAAAGGUGAUUCCAAUCCUUGACAUAUUUGAUAUGCAAGCUCUUACUCAGAC